AUGACCGCUGUGGCAGCUCCCGGUGGAGCAUCCACAAUGGCAGCAGCCGGAGGCGCUCAGCCACCAGGUGCCUCCGUUUACAUGGGAGCAGCAGGUGCCCCUCCAGCAGGCGCAACAUCGGCUUACAUCAGUGCACCAGGUGGUGCUGGUGGUGGCGGUGUUAAAUCAGUGGCCAUUGGAGGUCCAGGAGGGCCAUCAAACUUACCUGCUGGACAAUCUGGAUAUUUCGCCGUUUCCAAAGUGGGAGGUGUUCAAUCAACAUACAUAAAAUAA